ACAUAUACCAUGUUUGUCUUGUUUAGAUAGCAACCAACUGAUGGUAACCCAAGUGAACGACCACAGGUAAAAAGGCAAAGCGAACAUCAAUAAAGCUUUGCUUAAGGUCGAAUCAUGGCAACUCAACUAAGACCGAUUGCCCGGCACCAGGUUCCAGACUGGUUUACAAAUAGCCACACAAUUUCCACAAAUGCGGAAAGACAAAGAGAUGCUUCUCACCAGGUUCGACAAGAAAGUCGGUUUUUACGAAAUGAAACUGACAACCAAACAAAGUGGGAUCAGCAUGCAAACAACACCCGGUUAGGUGACCGUAUCGAUGAUAUCAGGAAAUGGAAGGAGAUUUUAGAAAGGACACUAGCUGAAUUAGAUAAAGAAAUUGGAGAUCUGUCAGAUGCUAAAGAAAUGACAGAGCAUGCACUUGAAGCUAAGAACCUUCCCUCAGAUGUAGCUAUUGAAUGUCUUACUCUCAGAGAGGGAAGACAGGGCAUUGAUGUUGUUCAAGACGAGGCUGAAAAUCAACUCCAUAAGGAAGUUGAAGUCAUUGAUGGUAUCAAGAAGGCUCUCCAACAGAAAGUUGGUGAAGGGUUUGAACAACUAUGUCUGCUCCAGGAAGCUAGACAACAGAUUCAGGCAGAUCUUCAGGACAAAAACCUCGCCCUUGGAAUUGAUGUUGAUCAAUACAACCUUACGGAUAGGUCACCAAACAUCAGCUUCAAACCUGAUUCCCUCCGUGUGCCAAAGGGGAGUACCACACCACAACAGUGGGAGGACUUUAGUCGCUACAACAAAGACCGCGCCGACGCCGAGAUGAAGGCAUCUACAAGACUAAGGGAGGCAAUCCACCACACCCUGCAGCAGUGCGACAAUGACCUUGAGGCCCAGAGACUCGCCACAGAGUAUGCCUACAGGAAGCGUAUCCACGAGUUUCAGAGGGCCAAGGAUGAGCUGGAGUGGCAGAAGAAGAAUACUGAAGAGGAGAUUGCCGAGCUCGAGAACGACAUCCGUGGUAUUGAGGAGAAGAUCCGUGAGAAGAGGAACCCAAUGAAGCUGGCUCAGACUCGUCUGGAAAACAGGACGUACCGCCCCAAUGUUGAGCUGUGUCGCGAUGCUCCUCAAUACGGACUUACUGAUGAGGUGAAACAGCUGGAAGCAACAAAACGUGCCCUGGAGGAGAAACUCAAACAGGCCAAACACGCUCUUGAUGGUCUAGAAAACAACCUACACAGAAUUAAUGAUGACCUUGCUCAGAAGAUCAACUCUUUGAACCUUGAUAACAGAUGUAUGGACGUGCGCAAGAAGCUUAUGACCCGCCCUCCAACCGCCCUCGAGAGGAAUUUGACGCUGACUGGAAUCCAGCGAGAGAGAUCACAGGUCCUUGCAUAAGAACUCAGUGCUCUAUUUGAACUCAUCAGUAUUUGAACAUUUCAAGAGGGGGAAAUAUUUUCGAAGAUUUAUACAAAUUUGUUAACAUUGUUAUACAUUUCUGGAAAUGAAAACCAAUGAUGUCUUUCCUUAGGUUAAGCCUACUGUGAUUUUAUUUAAAGCUGAAGAAUAUACAAAAAUCUAGCUGUUGCUACAAACACUUUGGAAUUUUUAUGAUUUUUUUUUCUUUCUAUAUUUGAUUUUAAUUCUGCUGUAUAUUAUUGUUUUUAUCGGACGAUGUAUCAUUUUUGGUAUUCUGUGCCAGUUUUAUCCUGUUUACAUGGAUAGAGGCAAACAACUUUGCCUUCGUGUCACACCUGUGCACCGAAAUUCUGCUGUCAGAUACAGUGGGUGUUGUCCUAGUUGUUCACCUGCUAGCUGUUGUGCUAAAUGUUUUAUUUGAAAUACAUAUAUUUAAAUUACUUAUACAUCAAUAUUUCAGAUUUAUUUCAUUUGUCGGAUCAUACACCAGUAUAGAUGUAAUGCAUAUACCUUGUUCAGUGUAUUCUCUGUACGGUAUUAUAUGAAUAAAAUGAAACUGAAGUUGGAGUUCUGCUUGAGAUAUGAUUUUUUUCCACUUUGUCGCACAUCACGAAGUGUUAAUUUCACAAAUUAAAUGUAAUGGGUCUCAUGUUCUGAUGAGGCAAAUAAGAAAAGAAUGAUCUAUAAUAAUGAUGUUAACCAGUACAAAAAAAAAUAUUAAAAAGAGAAAUGCAUUUUCAGUAUAACACAAGUAAUAUAUUGAAUUAAAAAUGUCAACCGAUGCUCGAGUCCUUAGGUUUGGCUAAAUUGUAUGAAUGUGUAAUUGUUUCUGUGGAUGCUUGUUGUAUGUGUUAACUUACGAGAGUUGGGCGAGGAACACAUUUGUUUUGUCCUGUUUUUCGUGAUCAUGCCAGCCCGAUCUGCCAGGCUAAUGUAACUGUUGCUACAAUGUAUCUCACGUUUGUGAUCAAUCUCACGGUCAAUGUUACCAUGCACUAGACUAUUUAUCUGCACCAAUCCACACCUAUACCAAGCUUUUGUAUUGUAUCAUACCUUGCACUAAAAUUCAUAUUCAUUUCAGUCUCAUUCAAUGUUUGAACGAAUACUUUUUCUAAAACAUAAAAAAAAGGAAGAGGAAAACAUUUUUUGCUUUAAGGAAAAACGUUACUUGACUUUUCAAUUUUUCUUCACAUGUCAGUAAAAAAAAUGCUUGUAAAUCUAUAGAUCAUUGACACGUUUAACAGCAAGCUAUUGUCAGCAAUACACUAAGUGCAUUCUGCAUAAUACAUUGGUAUUCUAAGUUCUCCAAAUUCUGCAAUAUUUAGGGUGUUAUGGUUGAGGAGGUAGGGGUAGUAUUGUUGGGAUAAUUCACCAUUUACUGUAUAUUAAAGUUGUUAGUUUUUUAUAUAUAUCAUCAAUAAGACAAUUCUGUUGACUUGGUUGCUUAUCAAUAAAUAUAUGUGUGAUUC